AUGCUAAGUAAGAAGUUAGCGUUGGUUCGAAAGUCGUUAACCCAUUGUGGAAAUAGGGAACGAAGACGUUCCGAUCUCCAGAGUUUGGGAAUGAGUUCAGGACUCAAGAAUGGUGUUGCUAAAGAAGCCAAUAUAGAAUCGUCUUGUAUGAAGAUAAUUCACAGAGGAAAAACUAUCACUGGUGAGGACAAUCUCUCUUUGCUAGAUAUGAACUUCAAAGAUAAUGACAAAAUAUUGAUCAUGGGAAAGGUAUCAUCGUCAAUGAAGGAUGAUCCUGGUUUUUCGGCCCUUGUGGCCUAUGAGAAAGCAAAUUUGUUAGGACUACAGAAACAGCACGAGCAAAUCGAAACCGAUCUCACUGCAAUGGAGCUGAACUUCCUUGAUGUGCAGAAAUCACUUGAAAUGGUCAAAAGGAUGGAGAAGAGAUUGGCACAUUUCACGGAGACAUCUAUGAAGCAUCUUGAGGCAUUGGAUGGCUUGAACAUCAUUGGAGAGCUGACGACCGAAACCCAGGCCGUGCGAAAUCGGGAGAAGAGGAAGAGUCUGAUCGAUGGAAUCAACACGCUGCUAAAUGGAAAUGACAAGCAUAGUCGAAGGCUAGAAGAAUAUAAAAAGAAGCUCCUCGGAGAGAUUAUUGAAUGA